GGGUACGGUGCUCAACCUAUGCACCUCAACAACCUCAAUAAAGGACGUGGAUUUAGACGCGCUAAGCUAAACGAAGGACCUAAGGGUCAACACAACAAGGACAGAAAGAAAAUUACUUGUUACGCCUAUAGCAAGGAAGGCCACAUGGCACGAGACUGUCGAAGCAAGAAUAAGGUCACUCGACAACUGAACUCAUGGAACGUUAUCACCCUAGCCCAAGUUAAAUACCAUCCGCUUGAUGAAGAACUUAUCACAGGACUUAAGGACGUAAUGCUUACUACCGCUAAGAGCAGCGAGGACGAAAAGAACCCGCUUAGCGACGAGGAAUACGAGACGCCAGCAGAAGAAGAAUUUCCUGCGGCACCUACGAAGCACGAGAAGAUGGCCAGGUUCAAGGAAAGGAACCGACCCGCUACGCCAAAGCCGACAGAGCUGGAACCCGCUCAAGAAGAACCCCGAUGGGAUCCGGAAUACCAAGCCACCAGGCAGCAGCAGGACAACAACAACUGGUACUGGUAUGAUGCACGCAACGCACACUAUGCUCGACUCUUAUGGACAGCAUGCCUAGCUGCCUACUGCCUAGCCUAUUACUUAGACAAACAAGGAGCGGGAUGGAAUCCUAAGACUAUCUAA